AUGAUGUCUUUGGCAACAACACACACACCCAAAUCCCGAGAAAGACCUGGCAUUCGUUUGUUUUGGAGCAAUUUCCGGACGGCGUUGGCUGUGGCAGAGAAUUUGCCUACGUGGGAUGCGUGCAUGGCGACGGUUGUCAACCGUGGGGAGCUCGAUCGUGGGUGGAAAAUCAUUGUCCCGCAACGUCUUUGGAAAGAACUGCGUUCCAUUGCAAAACAAUUUGUUCACCUUUCUCCUCGACUCGACUCGGGGGAACCAGGCAACAGCGGUACCUUGAUGUACCCGCUGCGUUCCAAAGAACCGGCUCCCUUUGGAGUUUUCCUGGGCGUGCGAGGACCCGACAACACACGGGGCGAGAUCUGUCGCUUUGUGGACUUGGCGAGGUUCCAGGUUCACGAACUAGUGAACACUGACAAGAAAUAUUACACGGUCAAGCGGAACAAUUCAAAGAAAGACGCAAACUACACAAUUGGAAAACGGCCCGGUGACACGGGCAAGGUGUUCGUCAUCUUACCCGAACGUUCCCCUACUCCUAGCACUUACGGGGUUCUGAUCCACAAAAAUCGGUUCCUUUGA